AGGAUGGACGUGUUCAUGAAGGGCCUGUCCAUGGCCAAGGAGGGCGUUGUGGCUGCCGCUGAGAAAACCAAGCAGGGGGUCACCGAGGCUGCGGAGAAGACCAAGGAGGGCGUCCUCUACGUCGGAAGCAAGACCCGAGAGGGGGUAGUACAAGGUGUGGCCUCAGUGGCUGAGAAAACCAAGGAGCAGGCAUCACAUCUGGGAGGAGCCGUGUUCUCUGGGGCAGGGAACAUCGCAGCAGCCACGGGCCUGGUGAAGAAGGAGGAGUUCCCUACGGACCUGAAGCCAGAGGAAGUGGCCCAGGAAGCUGCUGAGGAGCCACUAAUUGAGCCCUUGAUGGAGCCAGAAGGGGAAAGUUAUGAGGAAUCACCCCAGGAGGAGUAUCAGGAAUAUGAGCCAGAGGCGUAAGGGACCAGGACGGCCCCCACCAGCAGCACAAUUCCUUCCCAGCCCCUGCCCCACCCUCCCAGAGCCAGGGCUGUCCUUCUACCCUUUCCCCAAAACACGAGAUCUUCCGUCUCCAAGGCGCCCCUUGGAGCCUGUUGUCAGUGUCUUUCCGUCUGUCUAUUCUACCUGCCCGCGUCCAACCCUGGGGCAUGGACUGGGCCGGGGCUUCCGCCACGGCUAGGAGCCUUGACCACCAGUGCAGCCCCUCUUGGUCCCACCUGUCCAGUGUCCGUGCGGAUGUAGCAUGUUCUAUGUAUUUUUAAACGAAGAUAGAAAAGUGACAGCUCCUCCAACACCCCGACAGAGGCUCUCCAAGGGGCCCCCGGGCAGCCCCAGAGCACCCCACCACACUCCCCACAUCGACCCCAAGAAUAUUUUUUUUUAAACCAAAACCAGGAGCCAGGCUGUGCCACGCCCCUUCCCUCAGCCGGCCCUGUCCGAGCGCGGGCAUCGUGUGUUGUGAUUGUGGCAUGGAGAGCCCCCUACCCCAUCCCGUGUGAGCGUGUUCCGGGCGGGCGGGCCCGGCCGUCCCACCCGCGUGUGUCCAUGAAUAAAGCCAAUCUGUCUGUA